CACCCAUCAGCAGUAGGUGACGCAAUCGCGCCGGCCUAGAAUCUCAACAGUAGUGCAGCGUGACAUCAAAGAAGCGACAUGUCUCUCGGCAAAGCGGUUCGRAGUUUCAUUAAACCGGCYCGGGGGCUCCUGGCGUCCUCGGAACCGGCUCUGAAACGGAGCUACGCGGCUGUCGCUGAGGCCAGAGCAGUCCUGGAGCACGAGCUGGACUCCAUCCGAGCCGCAGGCACGUGGAAGGCGGAGAGGAUCAUUACCUCCAAGCAGGGACCACAAAUCAACGUGGAAGGCAGCCGUGGCAGUGAGUGCUUUCUGCUUACUGUAUCCACAAGUUAUAUAAAGUAGUAACCUGAAAACNACGCGGCUGUCGCUGAGGCCAGAGCAGUCCUGGAGCACGAGCUGGACUCCAUCCGAGCCGCAGGCACGUGGAAGGCGGAGAGGAUCAUUACCUCCAAGCAGGGACCACAAAUCAACGUGGAAGGCAGCCGUGGCAGUGAGUGCUUUCUGCUUACUGUAUCCACAAGUUAUAUAAAACCGAAUCUGCAUAAAAAUCUGGAGCAGAAGCUGGCCGAGUUUCAUGAGCGGGAGGACUGCAUCCUGUACGCCAGCUGUUUCGACGCCAACGCUGGGCUGUUUGAAGUUCUGCUGGGCCCGGACGACGCCGUGCUGUCGGACGAGCUCAACCACGCCUCCAUCAUCGACGGAAUCCGCCUGUGCCGGGCCAAGAGGCUGCGCUACAAACACAUGGACCUCAGCGACCUGGAGGUCAAGCUCAAAGAGGCUCAGUCUUCUCGGAUGCGCCUGGUGGUGACAGACGGCGUCUUCUCCAUGGACGGAGACGUGGCUCCGCUGCGAGGAAUCUGCGACCUCGCCGAGCAGUACGGGGCCAUGGUGUUCAUAGACGAAUGCCACGUAGACAUGUUCCGGAACAAGAUGACGCAGGCGGGCUUCACCAUCGCAGGCUCCUCCCCCCAUCUGCCCYGUGAUGCUGGGCGACGCCCGCCUGGCCUCUCUGAUGGCCGACGACAUGCUGAAGCACGGUGA